CCAAAAACCAUAGUCUCCUCUCUCUCUCUCUCUCUCUCUCUCUCUCUCUCUCUCUCUGAGCAAGAACACAUAAAACCAGAGCAAAAAUGGCAGUAGACUCGAACCUCUCAUCGACGUUGGGUCCACCGGCGUGCGAGAAGGACGCGAAAGCUCUGAAAUUCAUUGAGGAGAUGACCCGAAACGCGGACGCCGUUCAGCAGAACGUGCUGGCCGAGAUCCUGACGCGAAACUCCGACACGGAAUAUCUCCGCCGCUUCGGUCUAGACGGAGCCACCGACCGUGAGACCUUCAAGUCGAAGCUUCCGGUCAUCACCUACGAGGAUCUCCAGCCCGAGAUCCAGCGCAUCGCCAACGGUGACCGGUCCCCGAUCUUGUCGGCUCAUCCCAUCUCCGAAUUUCUCACCAGCUCGGGGACAUCUGCUGGGGAGAGGAAGCUCAUGCCCACCAUUAGAGAAGAGCUUGAUCGCCGUCAGCUUCUUUACAGUCUUCUCAUGCCCGUCAUGAAUCUGUACGUGCCUGGUUUGGACAAGGGUAAAGCGAUGUACUUCUUGUUCGUGAAGUCAGAAACGAAGACUCCCGGCGGGCUCUUGGCUCGUCCUGUCCUCACCAGCUACUACAAAUCCGACCACUUCAAGUCACGACCGUACGAUCCGUACAACGUGUACACGAGCCCUAACGAGGCCAUUCUCUGCCCCGACUCGUUCCAAAGCAUGUACACUCAGAUGCUCUGCGGCCUCCUCGACCGCCUCUCGGUUCUCCGGGUCGGAGCCGUCUUCGCCUCUGGCCUCCUCCGAGCCAUCCGGUUCCUCCAAAUGCACUGGCCCCGGUUAGCCCACGACAUCGAAACCGGUUCUCUCGACCAGCAGGUAACCGACCGGUCUGUAAGAAAUUGCAUGGACGGUAUUCUCAAACCGGACCCGGUUCUCGCCCGGUUUAUUCGCGGUGAAUGUGAGAGUAACAACUGGGAAGGGAUCAUCACCAGGAUUUGGCCUAAUACCAAAUACCUAGACGUCAUCGUCACCGGAGCCAUGGCUCAGUACAUUCCCACGUUGGAUUAUUAUAGCGGCGGUCUCCCGAUGGCAUGCACCAUGUACGCAUCGUCUGAGUGCUACUUCGGCUUAAACCUUAACCCGAUGAGCACACCGUCCGAGGUUUCGUACACGAUCAUGCCCAACAUGGCCUACUUCGAGUUCAUACCUCACGACCCGUCGGGUCGCGACCCGCCCCAGGACCUCGUAGACCUCGUGGACGUGCAGAUAGGAAAAGAGUACGAGCUCGUGGUCACGACCUACGCCGGUCUGUGCCGCUACCGGGUUGGCGACAUCCUCCGGGUCACGGGCUUCCACAACUCGGCCCCGCAGUUUCACUUCGUCCGGAGAAAAAACGUUCUCCUAAGCAUCGAUUCGGACAAGACCGACGAGUCUGAGCUCCAGAAAGCGGUCGAGAAUGCGUCCAAGCUGUUGAGCCCGUACGAAACGCGAGUCGUCGAGUACACGAGCUACGCUGACACGAGCACCAUCCCGGGUCACUACGUGGUGUAUUGGGAGCUUCUGGUCAGGGAUCCGAGUAACGGGCCGCGUCACGAGGUUCUGGACCGGUGCUGUCUGGAGAUGGAGGAAUCGUUGAACUCGGUUUACCGACAGUGCCGAGUCGCGGACAACUCUGUCGGGCCACUGGAGAUUCGGGUCGUGAAGAGUGGAACGUUCGAGGAAUUGAUGGAUUACGCGAUAUCGAGAGGAGCGUCGAUAAAUCAGUACAAGGUUCCGAGGUGCGUGAACUUCACGCCCAUUGUCGAGUUGCUUGACUCGCGAGUCGUCUCGGCGCAUUUUAGCGCCGGUUUGCCGCAUUGGACGCCGGAGAGAUCAAGGAGAUAAUGUCGUCAUUUUACAUUUUUUUGUUUUGUUUGUUUUUUUAAUGUGAUUGAGUAAUUGAGAUCUGGGGGGAAGAGAAAAAGUCAAAGGGUAGUGUUUGGUUUGUAAUAUAAGUAGAUUCUUGCUUGUGAUUGUAGCAAUUUUUUUUAAUGAUGUUUGUGGGAUCAAUUAGUGUUUCUGUU